AUGUUUACUCGUGCAGAAUUAGAGAAACAUAUAAGUGAUUCUGGAAAAAAGCAUCGACAUGGUGAGCAUCAUUCGCUGCCCACAGGAUUACAAAAAGCCAAGCAGUUUCUGGCUGAUGAGUAUUUGCAUGAAAUACAAACGCACUCUGAUCAGAGGUAUUUUUACUUCUGUGCUAAGUGUUUUCAUAGUUUCAAGGUCAAUGAAGCACUGCACAACUUAAAACUAGCACUCUGUAUGGUGACAGGAAAUGUGGAGUAUGCCUACUGUGGGCCAAGUUGUGCUGCAGGUAAAUCUGGUUUUUGCAAUCACAUUCUGGCUUUAAUGAUAAAAGUUUGCAAAUACACUAUUUAUAAUUGCAAAGAUGUGCGAGAUUUGAAGGAUGAGGAGGAUGAAAAUCCAACCAGUGCAUGCACAUCAGCUUUGCAAAAUUGGCACAAAUCAAGACUAGAAGGUAUCCGCUCCCAGCCUGUCAUGGAUGUGGUUGUUUCAAAUCCUGCAAAUAAUGCUGAACAUGUCAAAAAAACAGGAGUAACUUGUCUUCUGACAGAAGCAAGAAAGGGAGAAAGUGAUCAGAAGAGGAAGCUUGAACAAUUACUACAUUCUCUUGAGCAGCAUAGCUCAACCCUUGGCAUAACUCAAGUGGUUGAUCCCUCGAGUAUUGAUACAUCACCUGUUGUUGACACUCGUUUUGGGCAAUGCCCAGUUGGGUCAUUUGGAUUGUAUCAGCUUUCCUUUACUGAAUCGAACUUCACAUUUGUAACCUUGUUUGAUGGAUUUGACUGUACAGAACACUGCACAACAAAUGAAUUCCCGGCCUACCCUUCGUUCCCAUUGGAUGAUUUCUGCGGAUCAUUUCAGACCCCUGACAACCUCACUGUUAAAGAAAUGGAACUGCUGAAGAGCUUGACUGUUGGUGUUAUAGAGGCAAACAAAAUGGAAGAGAAAACCAGAGAGCAAGCAAGUUGUGAGGAAUGGAUGCGAGAAAGAAAAUUGAGAUUCACUGCCUCUAAUUUUGGAAAAAUUUCUCGAAGACAGAGGAACCACACCAAAUUUGUGGAAGAUCUUUUAGCACAGAAGACAUUUUCUUCAGCUGCUGUAGAACAUGGCAAAAAGUAUGAGCCGGUGGCACUGAAGGAAUAUGAGAAACAUAUGAGGAAAAUGGGAAAACCUGUAAAAGUGUUAAAGAGUGGACUGUUUGUUUCUCCGAAGGUUCCAAUUUUAGGAUGUUCCCCAGAUGCCAAAAUCAUUGACUUGAGCUGCAAAGACAGGUUUGGGCUUGGUGAGGUAAAAUGCCCAUCGUCGAAAUUCCAUGUGACUCCCCUCGAGGCUUGUGAUGACCCUGGCUUCUUUAUGGAAAACAAAAAUGGGAAGCCAUCUUUAAAAAGAAGCCAUGUUUACUACGAUCAGGUGCAAGGACUUAUGGGCCUAUCAGGGGUACCAUGGUGUGACUUUAUUGUUUACACUAGUAAAGGACUAAGUGUGGAGAGGAUCAAGUUUGAUCAGGACCACUGGAACAACUUA